AUGCGCAACAACACGAACGUGGUCUCGUUGGAUCUCUCGAACAAUGCGCUCACGGAUAUCGUCGGUAUUGCGAUCGGCAACAUGCUCACAGUGAACAAGAAGCUGCAGGUGCUGGAUCUAGGCUUCAAUCAUCUCACCAACGUCUCGCUGCAGCCUAUUGGAGAAGCACUAAGGACCAACACAGUGCUGACGUCGCUGAUGCUGAACUCGAACCCGGUUUUCCAACUACCGAAGGAGCUGCCGACUGGCAACGGAAGCAGCAGUGAAAGUGCUGGUACCAACGCUAAGAGUGACAACGUGCAGUCUGGUCCUCCGUCAAAGGUGCCGCCUCACUUGGCGGCAGCUUUCGCGCACGUGGUGCCAUUUACGGACGCUAUCAUCGCCAACACCUCAUUGACGUGUCUGAACCUGUUUAAUACAGGGAUCUCUCAUGAAGUGGGGCGUUCUCUUGCUCACGCGUUGGCGAAGAACAGCGGUUUGAUCUCGAUGGAGGUUUCUGGCAAUACGUUGAGUCAGUCGGAUCUCGCUAGUAUCGCGUCGUCUUUAAAGAAGAACCAGGCGUUGUUUUUCCAAGCGGAGGCCAAGAGUGCGCAGUUAAUGGAGGAGAUGAAGGAGCAGGCUCACCAAGUGCAAGUGGAGAAGGACAAGGAGGCGAAAAGAAUUGCAGAUGCUGAGUGGCACGAUGAUAACGCUAAGAAAAGAGCUGAAAUCCGUGAAGCUGAGGAAUGGGAACGAGCGCGACGUGUGGCUGAAGCGGAGGUGCAGCACUUGCUGAACAUGGAGGCGGAGAACAAGAAGUACUUGGAACGACUUGAGGCCGAGAAGAAACCUGCCAAGGGUAAAGGCAAGAAAUAA